AUGAAGUUACUGGUCCUCUUCUGUUUAUUCGUUGGAGCGCUCGGUGAACCGCCACGUCGCAGACCAGCUGGCAACUUGAGACAACUCCCAGGCUUCAAACCUGCUAACUUCAGGUUUCAGCGGUUUGAAAUAGCUCCAACAACGACGGACUCACCAGCGGAAUCCACUACUAAUUCUGGAGGCCCGUAUCCACCAUCUGGAUGGAAAUCCUCCGGAGAACCGUUUACAUUGCCCAACGAGAAGGCCCCGGUGGAUACCUACGGUGCUCCAUUAGUAAGUGGGCCUUACCCGCCUUCAGGUUGGAAGCCGGCUGGACAACCAUUCUUACUACCGCAAGAACAAUCACCUCCAGCAUCGAGCUACGGAGUACCAGAGAACGUUUAUGGUGCACCUGAUAGCUCGUACGGAGUACCGACAACAGACGCGCCUGUUACUGACACAACUGAGAAAUUAGAAGUAGAGAAGCUGGAGGGCCCCGUCGAAGUGCAGAAAAGUGUCGGUACGUACUACGUCCUCCUCCCUAACGGACAAUUGCAGAAAGUGGAGUUUCUGACAGAGAACGACAUUCAGAAUAUGAAAUAUACGGCUAAACUGCAAUUAAGAGAUCGAGCUCCUCUGUAUGUGUAUGGACGAUGA